UUAAACCGCGUCAUUUGUGACCUCAUAACCCUUUGCCAAAAAUUUUCAACAUUUAUAUGCUUUUGUAACCAAAAUAUCUUCUCUAUAUAGACCAAACCAAAUUUCCGACCUUUCCCAGUUCUGCGUUCGGUUUCUCUUUCACCUCUUCAAACAAUAGCAUGGGAUUUCUUCCAUGUCGUUUACUAUGUCAUGAUCAGUCCUCACACAAAUUUAAAAAAUCUGAUAAAUACUCUCUUAAUUCCAACAACAAUAAUAGUAAUCACCAGCUUCACUCAGAAUCGUCAGUUUCAUCCAUUUCUUCCCAGCCAAGUCUGCCUUCAGUCCCUUCUCUAGAGAUUAGUAUCCAACAACAGCAACACAACUUAAGCCGCAACUUAAGCCGUCACCAAUACGACGUCGUCGCCACCCUCAAAGCUCACUCCUCCUACAUCUCCUCCCUCGUCCUCGCCGGAAAAUUCCUCUACAGCGCCUCCUCCGACGGCACGGUCCGCUUGUGGGCCCGGGACUACGUACCUAAUUCUCUAACAACCCCAUAUCAAUCGGGCAAUAAUUUGGUCGUUACCACCAAUAGCGCCGUGAAAUCCCUCGUCGUUUGUGGCGAUAAGCUCUUCACCGCCCACCAAGACCACAAGAACCGCGUCUGGAAAAUCGAAAACGACAACGACGACGACGACGACGACAACAACAACGACAACAUUUACAAAUGUGUAGCGACUCUUCCCACUUUCAACGAUCGUUUCCUCACUUUAUUCUCGGCCAAGAACUACGUCACGGUCCGUCGCCACAAGAAGAGCACGUGGGUGCACCACAACGACGCCGUUUCGGGCCUGGCAGUUUCCGACGACGGCUCUCUUCUCUACUCGGCUUCGUGGGACCGUACGUUUAAGGUUUGGAGAGUGUCGGACUUCAAGUGUUUGGAGUCGGUGAGCAACGCCCACGACGACGCCGUCAACACCAUCGCAUUGUCCAGCGACGGACACGUGUACACAGGGUCGGCGGACAAGAAGAUCAAGGCGUGGUUUAAGCCCCGGGGCGAAAAACGACAUGUUCUUGUGGCCACCUUGGAGAAGCACCGGUCGGCGGUGAAUGCCUUGGCUGUUAGUGGUGACGGGAAGGUUUUGUACUCGGGCGCUUGUGAUAGGUCGAUUCUGGUUUGGGAGAGGGAAUAUCAUGGUUGUGGCUGUGGGGGUGUAGAUUGUAAUAGUUGUAGUGGUGGAGGGCAAAAUGGGAAUUAUAUGGUGGUUGUGGGUGCGCUACGAGGGCACAACAAGGCCAUACUUUGCUUGGCUGUGGUGUCGGAUUUGGUGUGUAGUGGGUCGGCGGAUUGUAGUGUGAGAGUUUGGAGGAGAGGGAUUGACAAGAGUUAUGCCUGUUUGGCUGUUUUGGAAGGGCAUAGACGGCCGGUCAAAUGUUUGACUUUGGCACUUAAUGGUAGUUGUAAAAGUAGUGAAAAUGGUGGCUCUGAUCUGGGAAGUUCUUAUUUGGUCUAUAGUGGAAGUUUGGAUUGUGAAAUUAAGGUAUACCGCGCGCCAUAGUAAUAUGUGUGAAUAUUUGAAUUUUAUAGAGAAAAAAAUGGGGAUGGAUUUCGGAGUCCUGAAUUCCUAAUUGCGUUGAACAUAUGAAUGAAUGCAAAGUUUGGCACAACAUUCAAACAUUUGACACAAUAUU